AAUUAAAGAAUUCUUUGAACUUUAACCUCACUUCUUUGUUUUAGUUUUUAUAAAUUCUAAUUUUAUAAUAUUACUAAUUAUCAAGCCAAAAGCUCAUUGAAAUUAGUUAUAGAAAAUGGAUGCACCCCUUUUAGUCAAUCCAGAUGUGGAUUAUAACAAGGCUCUUCCCAUACAACAAAAACGAAUAAUAGCAUUCAUAAACCAUUUCAUAAUGGAUACAGUUUCAUUUUUGAACACUUUCGCCCAGUCGUGUGAAUCUAGAUUGAUGGAUUUUGAAUUCAAAUUACAAAAAGUUGAUGCCUCACUGAAGAUUCUGGAAUCACAAUUGUCUUCUAUAUCAGAUGAAAAUUUAGUAACUAAUGAAGAGUCGAAGAUAGAAAAUAAUUUGCCAGAAAUGGAAACUUCUGAAUUGAAUGAAGUACCUACGGAAGAGAUCAAAUCUGAAGAAGUAACUGAACCUGUUGAAUCAAAGCCUAGUGAAGAUCCUCAGUACAGUAAAUAUUUCAAAAUGGUCCAAGUUGGAGUUCCUGUACAGGCUGUUAAGUUGAAAAUGAAAGCCGAUGGUUUUGAUCCAACCAUAUUAGAUCAAAUGUGAAUUAAUUUUGUUAUCUAUUUGAUAACUUUUUGUAAAGCUUUUCAUCCAUAACAUUUGUUUGUUAGUAUUAAGUCAAAUGAUCAAUUAUGAAUAAAUCAAAUUAUCAUAACUGUAA